UGCCUGCUUGCACGUCGCGCAAAAAACAGCAGCGGCGGCCGUUGGGGGAAGAGAGUAAAUAGAGAGAGAGAAACCUCAAGAUGGCUGACUCGCUGGGCUCCGCUCACCUCACCGGAGCUGCUACUGCGGUAGCCCCGGCGGUCGCCUCCGUCAAAAGCCCGCUCGCCAAGCCGACGGAGCCGAAGGGAGCCCCUGACAACCGCUCCCAGUCUUCCCGGGAUUUCAACCCGCCGCCGCCCAAGAAGAUCCGAGUCGAGGAGAGGAGCGUUAAACCCAAAAAACUCAGUAGGGAAACAGCAGUUGGAGGCAACGGUAGCGGAAAAGAGAAACUCCAGCAGCCCACGAAGCAGCAGCAGAGUUACGGCAGCAGCAGCAGCGGCAGCAGUACGGGCUUGUGGAGCUUCAGCCCAGUGAAGACGAGCAGCAGCGGCAGCAGCAGCAACCCCCCGGUGCCUGCUACCGGUGGAGCUCAAACACCGACAAACACGCAUAAAGUCUUCAAACAGAGCGACUUCUUCCUCCACAAAGCGCCUUGCUCCUCCAAACCCAAGAAACCGAGCAAAGAUAAACGGCGGGAGAAAGACAGGGAGAAGGGGAAAGGAGGCGGAGAGGAGAAAAAGAAACAUAAACUACUGGUGACCUCCGGACCCGGGAGUAACGUUACCAACAACGAUAUCAGCAGAAUUAGUAACACUUCUGCGGUGAGGAGAGAAAAUGGGGAGGUCAUGUUGCCACCUAAAGAGCACUCCAGCAAGGCGCAAGAGAGGGAGCGGGAGGAGAGGGAGAAGAAGAAGGUCAAAGACAGAGAGAGGGAGAAGGAGAAAAAGAAGCAUAAAGUGAUAAACGAGAUCAAGAGGGAGAACGGAGAAGUCAAGCAGCCCAUUAAAGAUGAAAAAGAGAAAGCCAAGAUCAACUCUGAGGAGCUGCAAAUCAAAAAAGUGAAGAAGAAAAAGAAGAAGAAACACAAAGAGGGGGAGAAGCACAAGCGAGUGAAGAUGUACCACCGCUCCUGCCAGACUAUUUGCGCCGGCUUGCUUCUGCUCCCUCCAUCCUCUCCACCUCCCACCUCCUCUCCCUCAUCCUCCAAUCCCUCUCACAACUCCUCCCUGUCUCCAUUCAAGUCUCCUCUACCUGUCUACCCUCCACCCAACAACAAAACUGCACAUCAUUUACCUUCCUCUCCUACUCUCACCCCCAAAUCUCUCUUAAACUGCACCACACCUCAGCCUUCCCCAACCAAACUCUCGCCGCAGUGCAGCUAUCCCGGCAUGGCUGGCCUGGAGUUUGCUCCCUACAUCCACAUAGAGCACCAGCCGAAUGGAGGGGCCCUGGUGGCCCAUGCCUACACGUCCCAGCUGUCCUCACUCUCCAUGGGCCAGAGGCAGAGAUUUGCCCAGGAGUUUGUCACCUUGGCUUUCAGCGAGGACUCGUCACAGGCAGCUCAUUACGUCAUGGGAAUCGUCCACGGAGAAGCCAGCUACCUGCCGGACUUCUUGGACUACUUCUCAACCAAGUUCCCAUCAGCUCCGGUCAAAAUGGAAAUACUGGGAAAGAAGGACAUCGAAACCACCACUAUGGUUAAUUUCUACUCUCAGGUGAAGAAAACGUACAGCAAUGGUACAUACAGAGCCGGGGCAAUGAGACAGAUCAGCCUGGUGGGAGCGGUGGACGAGGAGGUCGGGGAUUAUUUCCCAGAAUUCCUCGGCAUGCUGGAGGAGUCGCCCUUCCUGAAGCGGACUCUCCCAUGGGGAACGCUCUCCAGUCUGAGGCAGAUGAAUCCCACAGAGAGCGACGACGGUCCCAUAAUGUGGGUCAGACCAGGAGAACAGAUGAUACCUGUAGCUGAUAUACCAAAGUCCCCCUUUAAAAGAAAACGCUCCACCAACGAGGUGAAGAACCUGAUGCAGUCGCUGCCCAGGACCAGCGAGCCCAGAGAGAUGCUGUUUGAGGAUCGCACUCGGGCCCACGCCGAUCACAUCGGUCAGGGCUUUGAACGACAGACCACAGCAGCCGUGGGGGUGCUGAAGGCUGUGCGGGCCGAGGACAGCUCGGAGCCUCCUCGUGUAACCAAAGACGUCGUGUGUUUCCAUGCUGGUGAUUUCCCUCAAGUCGUUCAGAGGCUGCAGUUGGACCUGCACGAACCUCCACUGUCUCAGUGUGUGCAGUGGGUGGACGACGCCAAACUGAACCAGUUACGUCGCGAGGGCGUUCACUACGCACGCAUCCGCCUGUGCCACAACGACAUCUAUUUCAUCCCUCGCAACGUGGUCCACCAGUUCAAGACCGUGUCGUCUGUCUGCAGCCUGGCGUGGCACGUCCGUCUGAGACAGUACCACCGUGGAGAGGGAGAGGAGGAGGAGGAGGAAGAGGAGGAGGUUAACGUGAAGGAGGAGGAGCAGGAGGUUGAGUUGAAGGAGGAGAGGAAAGCAGUGGAGGAGAAAGAGGAGGAGAGGAGAGAAAAGAAAAAGGGUGAGAAAGGGUUGAAGGAGAGGAUAAAGGAGGAGGAGGAGGAGGUGGAGGUGGCAGAGAACAGGACGUUGCUGACUGUCAAAAAGGAGGAAGAGGAUCAACAUCCACCUCUCCUGUCUCAGCCUGCUCUCGCAGUGGACUCGAACAUGAGCGGCGCUAGAGACAAAGAGGUGGAGAAGGAGAGCGUGAAAGAUGGAGGAAAACCCAAGCAGCAGGAUUCACCUCCUGCUAAGGUGAAAGCAGAACUUCCUGCGUCUCCUCCCUGCAAGAAUAAAUCACCUUCACCUCUCUCUCCAACCCCUCAUCAUCCUCAUCAGGACACAAAACCCAAAGCAUCAAAGCACCUUCAUCAUCGCCACCAUCACCAUCAUUCGGAUAGCAGAAUGACAUCUUCCUCCUCUUCAGCUCCUAAAUCACCCGUCUCUAAAUCUUCCUCUUCUUCCGCUGUUCGCUCCUCUCUUGCAGCUCCCAGUCCAUCUUCUACCUCUUCUUUGUCUCUUGCUUUGUCCACAUCUUCCUCUGUGUCAACAACUGCUACAUCGACUGCUGCUCCCAAGCCUGCAGCAGACUUAUCCACAGUUUCUUCGACUUCCCAGCUGCCUUCCUCCUCUUCGUCAGACCAACCGAAAGACUCGCUUCGCCUGAAAUCAGACGUCCCUUCUGACACACGGACACAGGAGGUCGGAACGUCACACGCAUCACCUGGUGUGGAUGUACAAACCUCUGCAAGCUCACAAGCCGACACACGGACACACACAGUCGCUCGAACAGCGACGGACUCACGGACGCACACACUCCAAGAGAGGUGGACUCACAGUGUGGACGCCAGGACGUCUGCAGAUCCACAGAUGCAUCUGCCGCAGGACAAUGCGAGGCAAGGACUUUACAUGCAGCAAUACACACCCCAGCAUCUCCCACCGCCGCCUCCUCACCUCCCUCCCAUGCUUCCCCCGUCUUUCUCCCCGCUCCUGCCACACUCCCACCUCCCUCACAGACCACCGAUGCUCCCCCCGAAUCCACUCCCUUCUCAGCAGCCCCAACCUCUGAACUCUUAUCUCAGUCAGAAAGCACCACCACACUCAGUCAACAUGCACCUGCACCACCAACCAAACAUCACCGCGCAGUCUCAGCCGUACUACCAGCCUCCGCUGAUCGCCGCCCCUCACCAACCAAACACUCCCCUCACCAGCUCCCAGUCGCUCCCCCCUCACCUGUCUCACCAUCAGUUCACCCCGCACGCCAACACCUUCUUCCCCCCUCAGCAUCCCCACUUCUCUCCUCACCACUUCCUCCCACCUCAGUCUUACCUCCCUCAGCCGCCCAGCUCUUACCCGCUACGACCACAAUACCAACCUCAGUCUUACCCUCACCCGCCUCCUCCUCCUUCCUCCUCGCCGCCUCCCCCUCCACCUUCUCUUCCACCUCCUCCUCCUCCUCAACCCUCCCCUUCUGUCCGCCUCUCUCCCCCGAAGCAUGAAGAGGAGCAGAAACAGAUUUUAUAGUAGUUUUGUACAUACUGAUGCUGUUUUUAAAUGUAAGGUUUUAUUUUGGUUGUGUUGUAAAACGAUGUAUAAAGGAAAUAACGAGGCAGACGGUGUAUCGGUAUGAUCACAGUUUGGUAGUCUAUGAAGCAGAGUUGGACUUAACUCACCCCAGACCUCUCCACUGGACUGGUUUAGAUUGUACUGAACUCUUUGGUUGUACUCAGAAAUACUGAGAGUUGCAUUUGUCAGUAGUUUUGGCCUUCAGUCACGUACGGCUGCAUCAGUUUUGACUUUAAAGAUAUUAUUCAGGCUCGAGGUUUGAAUGAGCUCACUCGCCUGCCAAACUGCUGUCCGGUUCUGUUGUUUGAAGCGAGCCGUCAAAGGAAGGAAGGAAAGAUGGUAAAAUUCUGCUUUGAACGACUUUGUGUCAGAUAUUUAUAUAAAAAGGUCAUCGUGAUGACCUUUUUGUGAAACUUGCAGCUAAUGCUUCCAUUUUUGUGGCUUUUUCCUAGUAUAUUUUUUGUGCCCAAGACUGUUUCCGGAAUAAUGAUGGGUCAAAUCACAUUUCCUCCUCUAUAUUGUACAGAUAAACCUUAGUCAAUACAGGAUGUCACAGUAUGUUUCCCUGAUAUUGUAUUUUGAGCAAUAAUGCUCUGCAAUAAUCUGCUGAAUAUUAGUACAAAUGCAUUUUCCCAUCAUUGACACGGUGACUGCAAAUAUCAGUAUUUUUAUUCUGAUUUCAGAGCUAUUGAUAAAAGAUAGUAAUGUCCUGUUGAAUUAGCUCCAGUGUUUUAUUGUCCAGGAAAAAUAUUAGUGCAGUUUUAAUUGCCCCCCCCCCAUGGCAAUUAUAGUACGCUACAGAGUGUAGCAGCACCAUGAAGAGAGUCACAGUUUAAAGGAAUAGUUUGACAGUUUGGGAAAUGUCUUUAUUUUACGAGAGUUAGAUAAAAAGCUUGAGGCCACUCCUGUAUGUGCGGUAAAUUGCUGGAGCCAGUAGUCGCUUAGCUUAGCUUAGCUUAGCUUAGCAUAAAGACUGGAAACACUGCAGUCUUGUCAACUCUACAAGUUACUGCUCCUGGUCAGGAAAUAGUCUGGCACAUAACCUGCUGCAAAACUGCUGGUGUUGUGGUUUUCUCCUUUCUGUAAAGUCUUCUCGAGCUUUGAAUUUAUAACCACCACUAAAAGAUUUGAACUUAACACCAUGACACAAACAAACAAACAAAACUCUAUUUCCAAAGUACAGUGUGUUUAAAUCUUUGGAUUUGCAGACAAGCAUGAUAAAGAUCUGAAAAAUCGAAGGCAUUUGAAGCUGUGCUCUUGACAGCUGCUGGAAAAAUCUAUCAACAAAAGGACGAACUUGGUCCACUCCAAACUGCAGGGCCAUGCCUGACCAAUUUAGCACCCUAGGCAAGAUAUUUGCUGCCUCACGCCAAUUUUUUCCUCCAACAUGAAUCCUGUCGGAUGUCACCUAAAUGGGAGUGACCCUUGUGCAGGUUGAAGUGAAGGGCUUUGAGAUUGCUUGGCCCAGACUGGAGAAGAACCUGCAGAUGGCACUAUGUUGCUUCGGUGGCGUCUUAAGACGAUGUUUAAAGGUGCGAGCUAUGUGAUCAAUUUCUUGUUCUCCUUGGUUCAUUGACAGCAGAACAAGCUCAGCACAGCCCCAGAAUUCACACAAGUCCUUGAAAACGGCCUUGUCGAGGCUUUUAAAAGUUCCUGGGGAGAUAUCAAAAUCAGCUCCCUCAACCUCGGCCCAUAUCUUAUUGAAAAGGCGGUCAGUGGUGACAUAGAGGUCUUCACAUCUUUUGUUGACCUUAGCUUUGUUAAAGACCCUUGUAACCAGCUUGUCAACAAGUAUUUGGACAGAGAGUUUGUUUGUCUCUGUCUCUAAAUCCUGGCCUGGUGGUAAAUGGAGCACCAGUUCAGCACCUGUCUCCGGUACUGUGACUGCGGGUGCUGGUGAGGUUGAUUCAGUGGCAUUUAAAGCCUUCAUGACAUUGUCAUAAUGGAUGCCGGUCUGAUAUGUCAUCCACCACCUCAGCAGUACGCCACACUGUCCUGGAAGUAGCCCUCCCGAUGACGGCCAGUGUAUUUUUAAAUGGUCCAAGCCGACUAAAUGACUCUUGAGUCAUCCCCUCGAUGGUGUAAUCAGAAAGGAGACUCCCCAGUGCCUCUGUGAAAACUAGGUCUCUACCUUCAGCAAUAUGUUGGAGUUUUUUUUUUUAACUGCAAGGCUUCAUCUCCAUCUGGCUGUUUCUCACCACCCUCUGGUCGGAGCAGUUCAGAGACAGAGUCAGCCAAGGAUUGCAGUCAUUCUCUGCUUUUCACUUUGCUGUUGGGUGAGAAUCUUCUCUUAAGAUUUCUUGCGGCACGAUGUAUCAACUGUUUAGCAUACUGUUUAACCAACAGAAGCGUUAUCUUGGGUCCUGGGCUUUUAUUUGCCCUGACUGCUGCACCAGCAAACUCGCUGGUGUCACUCAGGACACUAUCACUCUCCUGGUAGGUGUCACAUAGCAGCACAUCACGCUCAGCGUCAGAGGCAUCAUCCAAUAAAAUAUUUAGGACAUCUCCCAGCUCCUUUGAUACUGUUUUCUGGGCUUGAGAUUUUUUACUUUCCGCGCUGUCCUCUGAUUGCCUUGAGUCAGUCUCAGGGCUUCUUACCUGUACAGAUGAUGAACUGAAGCGCUCAUCAUCAUCGUCCCCUCCCACACAUCGUUUGUGUGUGGGAGGGAGAUGCACUUGAGGCUGCAUCACUUGGUGCUGAGGUGGAUGAGGUGGCUGCAGUUACAUUAGUAGGCCCAGGAUUUCCAAAGAUGGGGGACAAAUACUUCAGAAGUGCAUCUAAAAAGAGGAGAUACGUGUAUUUGACAAACUGGGCUUUUACAAUAUAUAAUUAAUCAAAUAGCAGUUGAUUGUGAAAUCAUCAUGGCAUAACCAUAAUAGCACCUAACAUUACAGCCUGCCUUGAUCUAAUGACAUUUUAAACACAGCAAACAGCCAAAAUAUAAAAAAUGCCAACUGUAACAUCACAAAUUGCACAAAUCUGAAAAUUGGAAAACAUAAAUAUACAGUAUAUGAAUAUAUGCCUGGUUGGUAAACAGUGAGUGGUUUGUGCAGCAGCACACUAAACAUUAAAAGAAACAAUAGGCCAAUAUAUUAAAUUAUGUUGCUUAUUCAUUCUUUCUUUCCAGCUUUCUCUAAGAUGGGAGCAACAUUAACUGACAUUAACUCGAGCUGAAUACUGAAAGUAUUCCUAAAACAAAUGGCUAAUGAAGUCGCAGUAACAUUGACGUUACGUAGUAGUAGCCUAACCGCUAAUCAUUAGCGGCUAAUGAGCUGAGUUUAGCUCGCAAGUGCUUAAGUGGACCAUGGCAAAAUUGAUGCUGCCUGCCAGAGAGGCAGAAGGAUGCCAGGCAGGCAGAACUUUAAAUUAGAAACAUUAUUUCAUUAUUAUUUAAAGACGUAUGGCUAUAUGUGCUGUUGUUGUUGUGUAGUGUAUUCUUGUCUUAUUUUUCGAAUAGAAUGGGGAAGAAAAACAACAACAAUAACAAAAAACCCUCUGGCAUGCUGGCGCCUAUAGCAUUUGCGUAACCUGCCCUAUGGGUGUCACGGCCCCGGUCCCUAACCAGGUGUAAUUUUUACACUUGCGUGUUAGUUAGUGAGCUCUAAACCUGCUGUCAGGUGGAUUUUUACUAGCUGGGGGUAAGCUAAGCUAACCUGCUGCUACUGAUAGCUUCAUAUUUACCAUACAUACAGGCAGAGUGGUAACAGUCUGACUCUCUGAGAAACAACAGUGAAUAUUUCCCAAAAUGUCAAACAACUGUGUAAGUAUGGCGCUUAUCUUGUACCAGUAGCCCUCUACACCAGUGGCAGAGCUCUUAGUGUAACUUUGCUGUGUUCCUCAGCGUCUGUUGGAUGUGUACCAGGGUCUCCUAAUUUUGGAAACGGAGCACUUGACUGUUCAGCCAAGGACGAAUUCGACCCAGCCAAGGCUGCUACACAGACUGGCCUUCAGAGUCUCAGGAAUAAAAAUAUUCAGGACACAUCCACAAAUAUAUUGGUCUCCUAAAAAAAGAAAACAAAAAACUAAAUCUUUGUUACCUUUUAAGGUAGUAGUUCAGGGUUCAAUCUGCAACAUGAUGUUAGUACCUAUGCAGCUACAUUAAGAGCUCGCCAUGACUAAACUUUUGAUCUCACAGCAUCUGGAUAAAAAUAACAACGAGCAGAGCAAUAUCACACAGAUGCAGGAGGUCAAGACGUCCCAGAUGUGACUCAUUACAGCACUUUGUAACAUUAAUAUAUCAGCAGCUGUUUAAAUACAGUUUAUGUUAUUGGAGCCACUAAUUACGUCUGAUUAUCAACAGGGCAAUUUCAAGUUCUUCCAAGACUAUUACUUUAAAGUUACUUUAAAGUGCACCAGUUCACCUCAAAAUUAAAAGUACAUAUUUUUCCUCUUACCUGUAGUGCUGUUUAUUAUCUAGAUUGUUUGAUUGAUUGAGUGUUGGAGAUAUCAGCCGUAGAGAUGUUUGUCUUCUCUCCAAUAUGAUGGAACUAGAUGGCACUCAGCUUGUGGUGCUCAAAGCUGCAAAAUAAUCCAUAGGUAAACUCAACAGCAAUGUCUCUUUCCAGAAAUUAUUAUUAUUAUUACUCAAGAUAAUCCACGAGUGAUCAGAUUGCGGAUAUUGGAUUGGAUCAAGCCCUGAAAAUGGGCUCAUGAGACCCUAAAAAAGAGGGUGGAUCAUGGGGAGCACCACCAGUUGGUCCAGGAGCUUCUCCCCCAUGAUGGUCGUUUCCAGGCAUAUUUUAGGACGACUGGGGGACAGUUUGACAACCAGCUGUCUAUCGUCGGGCUGUAUAGCUCUGGGUAUCCAACAACCACUACCACUGGUUUCUCCUCCAUUGUUUACCAACUGUAAACUUGUUGUCAUGACCACCACAGAAGGCCUGUCUUCGACAAUGGGAAAAAAAGAUGACAUGGGGCGUUUUUCUGCUCUGAGUUGAAGGUUUUUCAAUUCCAGGAGUUCAGAGUGCUCCGGCAAAACCCCCUGGUGCUUAGAGCGCAGAAAUGCAAGGCACAUCGCAACGCAAAGACAGCAAGCAAAAAGCUUCAUUCUCAUCAAAAACAACUACAAAGAGCCACCCCCAGCUGCUAAAAUGCUUUCUGUGUGAUCAGGGCUCAGGGAUCAAAGCUCUCUGUUAGAUUAUCUUUGUUCACACCUGUGGCAAUAAGUGGCAAUUGCAGCAUGUUUUUUGGUAGCCUGUCUACAUUGCAAUAUGCAGUCCCAUGGAUAUCCGGAUUUGGUAAUCUUGAAAAGUCUGUAUCUGGAUCAGGAUGAUCUUAUCUUUUUGAUCCAAGCUUCAAAAGACUGGCACAAAAGUAAGAUGGAUCAGCUGAUCCUGCACAGCAAAACAUGGGAUUUCCAAAUCUGGAUCGUCCUUAUCUCUACUAAAUUUUUUUUAACUGGGCCCAGGUUAUGAUUUCUGGAAAUGGACAUUGCUCUUUGCUCUUACAGUUUUUCAAAUGUAUUAUUUUGCUGCUUUGUGCACCACAAGCUGAGUGCCAUCUAGUCUCCUUAUAUUAGAGAGAAGGCAGACAACUCCAACACGUCAACUCAUGCUUAAACAAUGUAGAGCGAUAAACACCACUACAGAUAAGCAGAAUUAUAUGAAUUUUGAUUUUGGGGUGAACUGUCCUUUUAAUAAUUCAGGCAUCACAACUCCUAUGAAAACUUUGUUUUUUAUUCUUAAUGGAAACAUGCUCCAGGACACAGAAGGUACACUGUCGAGAGUUCAUUCCCAAAGCACUAUUUAUCUAUUUAAUUGAAGUCCAGUUUCUCUGCAGUGUGUCUAUGAAAUGUUCUAUUUAUCAACCAGGGACUGAAGUGACCUCUUGUGUUUAAAAACCACAAUAAAUUAUUGACAUUCUGUUUUUUGCGACAACUAUGAAUAUGUUUCUCCAAGUGGUGAAUAUCUGAUUUUUAAAUCCAGACUCUUCUGUCUCACUUUGAUGUUGAAACUUGAUUUCUUCUUUGUCAUUGAUGUCUUGAUUUUACUGUCGAUAUUGGAGUACAGCCCACUUGCUCAUGUAGCCCACAACAUUUCCCCAGUGCCUGUCCUUAACUGUGAACUACUAAAUGGUCCCGAGCCGUGUAGAGACGGAGUUCUGUCCUUUCAUGGGAGUUUUUAGAAGCCUCAGUUUCAAGUUUUCACUGGAAAACUUAAAGAGCCUUAAAUUGGUCUCUAAAGCCGCUGAAAACUUUCCAAAUAUCUGCGGCACAAGUUGGGAUGAGUCAAACUCUGUGGCUUGGUGAGACGAUGUCCUAAAAGCAGGGUUGUGUUUUUAAUGAUUAGUCUCACCGCAGGCCUGGAAAAUCCUGGAAUAUUAAACCUUGAGCUCUCUUAAGGACCUCCUUUCAGAGACAGAACUCUUGGCUCUGCGGCUUUGGGGAGAGCGAGGUGACGAUGAAGCACUUGAUGCCAGUUGCAAGGCGCUCUGCAGCUCUUUUUAUCUUUUUGGGUUUCAGAUGUUACCAAAAAAACCAAAACAAAACAAAAAAAACACCCCUGACAGGAACUUCUAUAUUUUUUGUACAAAUGUGACGAAAUUAUGGUCGAAAACAAAACAAGUCUUCAGGGGCCUGGCGUUUGGUUUCACAGAGUUUAUUUAUCUCAAAGUUUUUUGGUUUGUUUGUUUUUUCUAUUUUGUUUGUGUGAUUUUUAACUGUCAGCACUGUAGUGUACAUAAGAAGUUUUGUAAAGAGGAAAAAACUUGUAGUGUGGUUUCUACUUUAAAUAUGAGCCUAGCUAAUAAAAGGUUCAAUGUAUGGAAAA